ACGUUGCAGCUGCGCUGGCGGCCCUGGUGCCACACUCCCACGCGGCACGAGAAUUGCGAUCCCACGAGGAGGGCACACGACGAGAACGCCCACGAGGAGGCUGGCCUGCUCCUCUCCUCCGAUGCCCAGCGUGAACGCCGUAGCGAACGAGGCCGCCGAGUCCCCGGAGGCGGUGGCUGCGGCUGCUCCCAAGAUCAAGACUUUCCCCUCUCCGUCCCCCGCGGCGGCCGCCACCAAGGGCCGGGGGCUCCGCCGCUGGCGGCGUAUCCGGCGGGGGGACAGCACUGGCGACGGGGCCGGGGGUGAGGGCGACGAGCAGUUCCACAAGCGCCGGCUGCCUCUCGCCGCCACCGGCGCGCCUUGGGGCAAGCACGACGCGUCCGCCGCCUCCGAGAGCUCCACUGCCUCCGUCGAGUCCCGCCUCGUCCCGCCGCCGGCUUGGCCGGGCCCGGGCCUCGGGUUCUCCGUCGGCGCGGGCAACAGCGAGGACGGGAGCGGCAGGUCCUCCACGGCCGCGAGCGCGCCGCGCGUGCCGCUCCCACGCUGCGACCACGCCUCGGUGGCGUUCUCUCCUCUGGAGCGGGACAGGCCGGGCCCCGGCGCCGGCGCCGCCAGGAACCCUCGCGCCGCGUGGCCGAUGGUUGGUUGCGGCGCCGCCGCUUCCAUUUCCACCGAGACUAGUUGCUCACGGUCCAGCGUCGAGUCUGACCUCCGCAGCUCCAACGCCCGGCAGCAGCUGGGUGCUGCCGGCCUCAAUGAUGUUCGCAAGGUCUUCUCUGGUUGCUAUGGCCACGGUGGCGACGAGCACCUGAGCCAGGAGGUCCGAUCUACAGGUCGCUGCAGAGGGAAUGGCAGUAGUGUGGUGGGCAGAUCGGUCCGGUCCAGUGCUGGUGAGGAGAGUGUUGGGAAAGGUAGCAAUGGAAGGAUGUAUUGGGGUGCUGAUCUUUGCAAUGAGUCGAUUUUGGUACUUCACAGAGCACAGGAAGCACUGGAGAAUGAGAUAGAAAAAAUCACAGCGAUUGGGAAAGAGCCAAGUGAUGAGUUUGAUAUCAGUGAGGAUGAAUGGAGUGGAUCAGUCCAUCUCGAGAAACCUAAUGAAGACUUAAUGAUAAGGAUAAAACAUCUUGAGUCCAGGUUGGAAGAAGCAUCAGCCUUGAUCAAGGAGAAGGCUUCAAGAGUAUAUGAACUUGAAGCAAUUCACAGUCGAAUGCAACCAGGAAAAAACACUAUAGAGAGUACCAAUCUGCUGUUGUCGCAAUGUGAACUUGAUCAACUCUACCAGGAGAGGAUGGAAUCAGAGGUUCAGUGCAUCAUCCUGACUAGAGCCUAUCAAGCCUCAGCAACUCAGGUCAAGGAUCAAAUGACUCUAUACGAAACGGAAAAGUCUCUAUCUGAAGAUUACAAGCUGCUUGGACUUAAACUCCGACACACUGAAAGCAGAGCAAUUGUGUUAGAAAAGAUGGCAGAGAAGCUACAACUGCAGUGCAAAGAGCUGUCCAAUAAUUCAGAAGUGUUGCAGCUGCGAUAUAAGGCGAGUAGGGUUUCACUCUUUUGUUUUGUUCAGUUUUUACUGCUGUGUAUUGCUAUGGGAACCUAUUUUAUGCGACUCUCACCCUCGUCUACCAAGGUUGUACCUACUUGAGCUUGUAUGAGAGUAUAUCCAAGGUUGUACGUACUUGAGCUUAUAUGAGAGUAUAUCUGGAAACCCUUAUACGAGAGAGUAUUGGGAAAUCCUUUGUGUAAACACGCCUGUGGAAGUUCACUUAUAACUUGUGUUCAUGAGUUAGCCUCGUA